GUACGUUAAGAGUUUGACAGUUCAUCAGCUUUGUCUGACUUGUAUUGCUUGUAUUUUUUUCUGUUUUGUUUUAAAAUUUUACCAAAAUAGUAUACAGUGGUACGUGGGUUCAUAAUAAAGUUAAAAUUUGGGGCAACGAAACUUGGAGAGGAAACGUGCAUUAAAAACAAACGAUAUCACUGAGUGGCAAGCUCAGUUACCAUGUCUGAAAUAUUUGAGUCAGUUAAAGAAGAACUGAAAGAAAUUGAAAAUGAACUGGAAACAAAUACAGAGAGUUGCAGUAUGUAUGACAGCAGUAAGCCAUCACUGAUGGAUAUGCCAGUUGAGAUAAUAUUGAAAAUAUGCUCAUGCCUGGAUGCACAUUUUUUAAAAUAUACAUUGAGUAAAGUAUGUCAGCGAUUUGAGAACAUAUUAGCAGAUGAUCACUUAUGGAAAUACUGGGUGCACAGCAAAACCAAUGGUUGUUUCCCAACAUUGCCUCUGUUGAAAAUAUGGGAUGAAACACAAAUAGACUGGGAAGCAGUUUGUGUUGAAAUGGAUGUGGAGAUGAAGAAAUGGACUAAUGUUAAAGACACAACAAGACACAUAGUGGUGAAGGAUGUUCAUUUUGCUUCUGUGGAUACUGUUCUACUAGUUAAUAAUGGCGAAAUUUGUAUAUCAGGUGGUAGGGACCGAGGAAUGGCGUUAUGGAAUGUCCUGGAAAUUAGCCCGCAUGAUGAGAGUGACAAUGUCACCACCUUUACAGAUGCCAAACCAAAACAAAUUAGGCAUGAUGCUCAUGCUGGCUGGGUCUGGGACCUGGCAGCAGAUAAUAUAAACUCUGCUUCAACUAUAUACUCUGCUUCGUGGGAUAACACUGUGAAAGCAUGGGAUCUUGAGGCUGGAUUUGAGUGCAAACAGUCAUUCCGGUGUGGCAUGUCAGCAUUAUCCGUUGCUACUGUUGGUAAUGAAGUAAUUGCAGGAUUGUACUCCAAAAAAAUUCUGUCAUUUGACUUGCGCGCUGGUCCUAGUCCAACCUACGCUUACAAACCACACAAGGGGCCAGUUUUGGCUCUGCAAACAUUCAAUAAUAUGAUUGCAUCAUUAAGUGAAGAUAAGACUAUGGCUGUGUGGGAUAGAGUUGCUGGUAAACUCUUAUUGAGUGAUGUGAAGAUACCUACUGAUAAAGCUUAUCCAGUGUGUAUUAGUUGGAGCCCAUCUGCCUUGUAUGUUGGGGAUUCCAAAGGCUGUUUGCAUCUUUUUAACCCUGAAGACCACACAUAUAUAAGAACACAUGAAAUAUGGCCAGAGCCUCCAAUAAUUAAGCCGUCUAGUAAGAUAACAGGCUGCUAUCAGAGUUCUGGCAAUAUGAUUGUCUGUUCAGACAGAGGAGAAAUCAAAUUCAUGUACAACUGCUAUCCACCACUAGAGUACACAAAUGUGAAGAGUAGUACAUUUGAUGUGACCCAGUUACGAUAUUUGAAUGGUGUGUUAGUGGUUGGCACAUGUGACUCAGCACUGGAGUUUUGGGUACCAAAAGAAAGGUACACACCACAUUGAUCUUGAAACAAUGCUACUGGAAGGUAGUAUGUAAUUUUGAAGUAUUCACCCUUAACUUAUGUGAAGAUUUAUAACGAAUAUAUUAUUACUAUUGGCUAUGUUUAUAUUAACAUUAGAUUUUAUAUCGACAUGACAAUUUAAGUUUAUACUAAAACAAGUAAAUAAUUUCAUGAUGCCUAUUUCGUUAUUAUUAGGUUCUGAUAAUUUUUAAGAUUGGACUAUAUUAUAUUCUAUACAACAUUCAGCAAUCCUUACUGUGAUAUAAUGUCUCAAUAAUAAUUAAAUAGCAUAAUAUAAUAAUCAUGCUAUUGUGAAUUAUAGUUAAUAUCACAUUUUAUUUAAUUAACAUGGCUGCUAUGAAAACACAAUGAAGUAAUUUCUACAAUAUUUAGCUAUAGAUGCGCGAAGUAGGUAUUGUAUUCAUUAAAUUGAUAUAUUUUGCACUGCAAUCGGCCGGACGAAGUACUCUUUGAUUGCGAGUUUAGAAGUCCAUGACAAAUUAUAUGUGGAUGGAUUCGGCUUAUAGAGAUAGAAAUUGGCCAAAUUUUGUAUGGAGACUAGGGCUUAUCUUGUAGCGAAAUCUAGUGUCAUCUAUGUUAUUGAGACUGUGAGACUGGUUGUUAAAUGGCAGGCUUAUGUGUGCUAAAUAUAAAAAAAACUUGCCUUAUAAUCAAACCGUCAAAUCAAGUAGUCUGAAACUACUAAUGAAUUUUAAAAUCUCUUUACUGACUAGCCAAAGUCAUGAAUCGUUUAUUUAUUAACUUUAUUUUAUUUGGUACCUAUAGAAAAGUUUUUAUUUAAUUAACCAUGGUUUGUUGUGCCCUAAGCAUGAAGGUUUUGUAUUUGUAUAAAUUAACUUUAUUAUACAGUGAAAAAUAAUCAAUUUAUCAACACAAGCUGCGUUUACGUUUUGUCCUUAUUGUGUCAAAUUAUAAUUCCAAAUUGCAUUUAUUUUAAACUAGUAUUGUUCAUCAUACUUAAAAAAUUUAUCCUUU